AUGGAUUUCAGGCACCUUCCCCCUCCAGUUCCAAGUAAAUUAGGGUUUCUGGGCGAAAACAGACUGACAAGGAGGAUCAAACAGUCUGUAUCUGAGGAAUACUAUCUCGUCUCGUUAGCUUUCACUGCUAUAUCUUUCAGGCUGUUCCAACGUGCUACGCAGUAUUUGGUUGAGCGUGUGGAUGACUUGCCAAGGACGCCGUGGGAUGGUGGACGAAAUUAUACAGUUACUGACAUUAAUAACAUGGUAACUGGCUACGGAUCCCUAGGACGAGAAGUCUACAUGGCUGUCUGCGUAACCGAUACACUCUUCUUGGCAUGUCGUGAAAUUUCAAUUAUGUUGACACAAUUCUCGUUUUGGUCUCAUGUCCCAGUCCAAUGGUCCCCAGAACUCCUCUUCCUCCUAACAUCCCUCAUCGGCCUCUCGAUCGACCUAACCGAAAACAUUUCCGGCUACAUCGCGGUAACCAGCUUCCCCAACAUCCCAGACUUCUGGGCAGACCUUCUCUGUAAAGCCAAUGAAGCGAAAUGGGUAUUCGCGUAUACUGAAAUGGCGAUUCUUACGAUUGGGUUUAUUAUAAGCAUGUAUUUCAGAAUCCCUAAAUACCGAAAGGUCUUUUUGGAAUUCUUUUAUCCAAAAUGGGUUGCUGAGCAAAAGGCGGAGGAGGAGAAGAGACGCAAGGAGAAUGGCGAGGAUGUUGAGGAAGAGGUGGAGAAGGAGGUUGUUGAGCCCAAGGCUGCAAAGAAAACUGCUACGCCUGCGAAGGCUGAGGGUCCACCACGUAAAAGACAUGUUGUUAAAAAAUAG